GGUUAAUAUUAAUUACAGCUUUCUCUCUGAAAAGUAUUUAUUUUCUAAAUUUUUAUGCUUUAGAGUUUUUUAAAGUACUUAAAACGACUAAAUAGUGUUAAUCAAAUACGUCACAAAAACCACGUGAUGAAUGGCACCUGCCAUGGCCUGUCUGCUUGCACGCCGUCACCUCUGCUCGUCCGUGCGGUCCGUGCUUCGUUCGUCCGUGCCGUACCGUCCGUGCCGUACCGUCCGUGCCGUCCGUGCCGUUCUUCUCCGUUUUAUGCUACAGCGUGUUCGGUCGACUUUGCUUGAAACAAAGUGACGAAUGACCGCCGCGUGCUCUCAUGCUCGGCGUGAGUUUGUAGAGCUGAGCGGCUUGAUAUGGCUUGAGCUUCUCGUGUUUCCGUCGGGCUGCCUGGACCUAGAUUUUUAAACAAAAGAUUAUGUCCUACGGAAGUUACUGCUGCGUGGUCUGGUGUGCCAACAAUGGGAAAACAAAGAAGCCACAUGUCAAGUUUUUUCGAAUUCCACGUGACCCAAGGUCAAAAGCAUGGCUACAGUACGCCAGACGUCCUGAGCUCCUAGGAAAGACAGCCAAGGAGCUCUAUGAGGGGUAUCGCCUGUGUAGUGAGCAUUUCACAGCCAAGGACUUUUUGGAUCCUGGGAAGACAAGGCUGACCAAAACGGCUAUCCCUACGGUUCGGCCGCAAAUGCUUAGGCCAUCUGUAACAGCCCAAGAAGAACCGGUGGCAACAACAUGCCCCUGUGACGUUCCAUUGGAGGGAAACAGAAUGUCGCAUCCCACAGCAGCUUAUGAAAAGCCAAUAGCGGAACCAAGCCCCGGGGAUGUUCGAUUGGAGGGCAGCAGAACGUCGCCUUCAACAGCUGCUCAUGAAGGACCGAUGGUGGCACCAAGCCCCGGGAAUGUUCCAUUGGAGGGUAGUGGAACGUCACCUUUGGCAGCUGCUCAUAAACAACCGCUGGCGGCACCAAGCCCCGGUAAUGUUCCCUUGGAGGGCAGUGGAAUGUCACCUUCAACAGCUGCUCGUGAAGGGCCGAUGGCGGCACCAAGCCCAGGGAAUGUUCCAAUGGAAAGCAGCGGAACGUCACCCUUGGCAGCUGUUCAUGAAGAACCGGCGGCGACAUGUCCCUGUGACGUUCCAUUGGAGGGAAGCAGAACGUCGCAUCCCACAGCAGCUUCUGAAAAGCCGAUGGCGGAACCAAGCCCCAGGGAUGUUCGAUUGGAGGGCAGUGGAACGUCAACUUUGGCAGCUGCUCAUGAACAACCGCUGGCGGCACCAAGCCCCGGUAAUGUUCCCUUGGAGGGCAGUGGAAUGUCACCUUCAACAGCUGCUCGUGAAGGGCCGAUGGCGGCACCAAGCCCAGGGAAUGUUCCAAUGGAAAGCAGUGGAACGUCACCUUUGGCAGCUGUUCAUGAAGAACCGGUGGCGACAUGUCCCUGUGACGUUCCAUUGGAGGGAAGCAGAACGUCGCAACCCACAGCAGCUUCUGAAAAGCCGAUGGCGGAACCAAGCCCCGGGGAUGUUCGAAUGGAAGGCAGUGGAACGUCACCUUCGGCAGCUGCUCAUGAACCGAUGGCGACAAGCCCCUGUGGUAUUUCACUGGAGGGUACCAGCGCGUCACAUUCCAUAGCGGCCUGUGAGCAAAUGGGGAUGGCCAGCUCUCCUGGCCAGCUUUUGGACCACAGCACUCCAUCUUCGUCUGUUGGCUAUUCUGAAUCAUCUGGAACCUGCUCUGGUCGUUCAACACCUGCUUCCGCCAAGCUCUCAAGGAGGCCCAGGGACGUCAUAAAACGCCUACAAGCAAAGGUUUCCAGUUACAGAAAGACAAUAUCAAGACUGCGCAAGCAACAGAAGCAAAUGCCUCAAACAGCUGCCGAAGCACUUGAAAUGGUGCGUCCGUUUGUGACAGACGAGGUUUUCGGACUUAUCUCGUCACAUGUAAAAUUAGGGCGCAAGGGACGAGGAAAACGGUUUCCACUGUGGCUCAAGAAGUUUGCUUUGCAUCUGAACUUUCAUGGCCCACAGGCAUACCGUUUUCUAUCGUUACAUUUAACGCUUCCCACUCAGCGUUCACUGCGUAGGAGGCUGUCGAACGGUCAUCAGUAA